GGACAAAAUAUCUUUACGUUGAUGUUAUCUACCCCUAUGAUGUAAUCGAAUCGUCCAAGGUCAUGUGACUGAUAAGAUGGCUGCCGUUUGUUAGUUAGGAGUAAAAUCGGCGUGUUUCCCUUCAUUUCAGCCGAAAUUAAGUCGAAAAGAGGAACAGAAAAUCAGCCAUCGCUAUGGCAGGAGCUGCAGAAGAUUACAGCGAAUAUCUGGGCGCGAAAACAGCUCGGAUAGCUUCAGCAGAGCAGGUGGAAAACUAUACGGUUUAUGUAAUCGAAGUGACUGCAGGAACGAACACCUGGACAGUCAGACAUCGCUACAGCGAAUUCAGUGAACUCCAUGAAAAGCUCUUGUCGGAGAAGAAAGUAGACAAGAAUGCACUUCCUCCCAAGAAACUGCUGGGAAACAUGUCUAAGUCUUUUGUGGAGAAGAGACAGAAGGAACUGGAAGCUUAUCUACAGAUGCUGUUAGAAAAACACCAAGACUGCAUCCCCAAAGUUCUCGAACGGUUUUUAGACUUCCAUUUGUAUGAAAUUUUUGGGGUGACCCACGCUUUGGCUGAGGAGCUCUUCACUAAAGGUGACAUGAUCCUGUCAGCAGGAGAGGUGUUCCACAUGACCCCCAUGCAGCUGCACGCCAUCUCCACCAGGCUGCAGAUGCCCAUAUCCCCUUGUCACUCGGAAGAUGCCCGGAGUGAUCUGAGCCAUGUCUUAGACUUUGUCUACAAGUUGAAAUACCUCCAGGUAACUGGUGCUGAAGGCAACCUGGGCAGCAGCAAUAUCAGUGUGAGCAGUCUGUCAUUUGACAUGGCCAUGUUUAAAUGUCUGCAGCAGGUGCAGAUCACUCAGUGCAAUGCCAAGCUUGUGACAGGCCUAGACUCUCUGAAGAAGACUUUAGCAACGUUAGGGGUGCAUCAGUCUACAUCAGCAAUCAAGGAUGUCCUGAUCCCAGCAGCAUCGUCCAUCAGCCAGUGGAAGACAGAAGAGGAGACCCAGGACUACCUGCUGUCCACCGUGGUGCCUGUCUGGGGUGUCAUCACUACAGCAGACUUCAGCCACAACCAGAUACAGCACAUCGAUGAAUCACUGAAACUGAUCCCUAAGGUGGAGUUUCUUAGUCUGAGCCACAAUGCCAUCUCCACGUUGGACCACUUACAGCACCUCUCGUGUUUGACCCACCUGGACCUGUCCCAUAACAACCUGACCACAGUAGAUGCCCUCCACACUAAGAUAGGCAACGUCAAGACUCUCAACCUGGCAGGGAACAAGCUGGAGACGUUAGAGGGGCUGUCUAAGUUGUACUCACUUGUCACACUAGAUGUGGGGCAUAACACCAUCUAUCAGGUGUCCGACAUGAAGCACAUUGGUACCCUGCCCUGCAUCGAGUCUGUUCUCCUGAAUGGUAACCCCGUUACCAUGGUUACUGACUACCGUACCAAAGUCCUGGCCACAUUUUACGACAGAUCAAAAGAGGUAUGUUUGGAUGGUGUUACCACAAGUCAGAAGGAACAGGACACAGUUGCAGUUCUACAGGCUAUACAGAAGGCAAAACUAGCCAAAGAGAGGGAUUCCAAGAGGCACCACAAGAAGCUGCAUGCUGCGUCCAUAGUGGACGCUGACUCGGCAGACACAAGCUCCAAUGCUUCCUCCGUCAGCCAAGGAGUAGAUGUGUUGUCCACCAGUGAAGAGUACUUACGGUUUGAAGUUGAGGCACUCCGACAACAGGGGGGAGAGAAUUGGUUGACAGCAUUCAACGUCAGGCAAGAGGAUCCACAGCCAUUGCUUCUCAGUCCACAAAGGUCUCCUCGCCAGUCCCCAGUGUCAUCUCCGUCCACCAAGCGCCGCUCACGUCAUCGUCAUUCAGGUCACAGGUCACCAGCCAGGGCACGAUCGCCUGCGCCAUCUCAGGGCAGUAACCCAGCACACGUGCACCCCAUCCAGGAUGUCAGGUCAACUCUUGACAUCUCACCUCUCGCUAGGCCAACCUCUCUUCCACUGCUGCAAAAGACAGACCUGCCAAAAGUCAAUGUGGAAGAGGAGAAGCCAAAGGAAACUCCUAAUUUGGCAACCCUGGAGAAUGCUGGGUUUGCUGACUAUCUGAAACAGGUCAUCCACCAGAAACAUGAAGAAACUGAAAAUUCAUCAGAUGAAAGCGAACAUUUGAAGCACAUUCUCUUUGCCGGUUGCCUCUCCAAAGACAGUCCUUAUUCAGAGUUUCCAGCAUGCUUUGUGACAACAAGCAAAGCUGUGCAUGUCCUAAAAGCUUUGGAAUUCCCAUCAGCCAUUGCAGGUGUACCCAUGAUGCAGCACUUCUGCAGUGUGCCUUUGGCGACGUUGCAACAAAUGGUGGUAGGCCUGUUCAGCCAGACUGUUACAAUAGAAGGUACAGACACAAGAGUCACUGUGAUCACUGGUAGCUCAUACAAAACACAGGCUAUGGUGAAAGUGAUAUCAGAAAGCUUUGAGGAGGAAACUAAGGAAAAGGCUAUGGUAGCACAGCAAGGUGAGGAAAGCUUGGACCGACUCACAAAGAUCUUGAGCAUCACAGAAAACAGAGAGGGAAAGUCACCAGUGGAGAUCAACAACUUUGUUGUCAUCCAAGGACCCAAUCAGGAUCCUUGUAUUGCUAUCCUCACAAAGAAGUAUCUGUACAUCUGCAGAGAGGACCACUCUUAUUGGCCAGUUAUCAGACACACAUUGUCCAAGUCUUACAAGUUGAGCAGCAUUCUGGGUUGGAAGACAGAGAGAAGGGAAUCAGGGCAGCAAUUUCAGACCUGUGUCUCUAAGAUACAACUGGAGAACACACAGGGGUUGGACUUGAACUUCAGAACAAAAGAACAGCAAGACAGUUUCUUGGCAUGCUUGUCGCAGCUAGUUGGUGACAAAGAACAGAAAGUGGGUACUGACAGGCCAUGGAAUGAAGCCGAAGGAAAAAAUAUGUCUCCUGUGAAGGAGAUAAGAACACCCAAAAGUCGCAAGCCUGUGAGCAUCGAGGUCCUCUACUCCAGUCCAGAUGUCCUAGACAGACUCUCCGCAAGCAACGACUUCAAAAGUCUGAGUGUGAGCGAGCCUCUGCAGCAGCUGGCAAGUCUGAAGGGUAUGUCAUUGGUCAGGUACUUUCACGACAAGGUGGCCCAGAUCAGUGCAGACAGUGAGGAGUUGAAGCAUGUGAUGUGGAGCGUGGUCGUGCCUCAUGUGGACCCCAAACAGGAAAUCACAUCCUGCAUCAUGCUAAGUACAAAAGCAGUCUACUUCUUGUCCGAUGACUCCAUCUCGAAGAAGGCACCUCUCAGUGUGCCAUCCCACGUCCGUACGCACAGGAGAACAUCUUCAGACUACUCCGGGGUGAGGAAACUUCACAGCGACAAACAGGUCCACAAAACGUCCCCUCACUCUAGUGGCAUAGUGGAGCCAGGGACACCUUCCUUGAGAAAAGUCGUGAGGUGCAUCCAUACACAGUACAUCGCCGACCUGAAACAGGUGACUGUGGGGCUGUUUGACCAGAGCUUUCGCCUGACGGGUGACUCAAGCGAGAACACGUUUGCCUGCGUCACGCGCGACUUUGACUCGACCCAUAACUUCAUAGAGCAGCUGAUGGGUGUGCUGAGUCUGGGUCUUUCCUCCACAACCACCACCACGCCAACCCCCGAUUUCACAUCCAGUGGCUCCGAUACUGACAUCUAUAAGGAGUUUCUGAAGGCCAGGAACAGUUUGGACGAGUACACCCAUCCUAGCGGUGUGAAGUUCAUCUACCCUAACGAGGAGCUUGUGUCGGAUCUGACCUAUCUUCUAGUGGAGAAGAUGCCUGCGCCAAAACCGGACUACACCAAAGUGACCAUCCUGAUGUACAUGUUAACCUACCAGAUGCAGAGGUCUGACGACGUCUUCACGCUGGGAAAGUUGGAGCCACGUACUGUCGUCAUCACAGACUCGCAUGUUGCUCUUUGUGUGGAAGACCACGUCAGCUAUCCCCUCCCUGACUUCGUCAUCAGCCCUCCCGAGCAUCCCCAUCACGAGGUUCUGGACAUCCAAACCAUCGAGAACCUCAAACGGGUCGCGGUAAGCGAUGAGUCCCCACAGGAUCUCACACUGGUGUUCCACAACGAGGGGGACUUUGUGGUGGAUGUGGCAAAAGAGUACUUCCGGUCUGACGACAGGAGUCCUGGAACGCCAGGAGACGAGAAUGAAAUGUGCUGGAUACUGAUCAUGCAGAGUAGAAAGGAUCGGGAACGGGUGGUGUCAAUGUUGAUGAAGCAAUGGGGCGACGUACAUGGCAAGGGCCUUCCAUUGGUCAAGACUUAGUCUUGCUGAACUUCACUGUGAGUGUAAACACUACUGACAAUCUAAACAAGGAUUGAUGCUUUGCAACCAAGAUCACACUCAAAAUAACAGUAUUUGCAAAAUGGGGUGGGUUUGAUUUUAUCUAUUUCAAUCGAAAGGAUGUCCAAAAAAAUCAUGACUUGUAGAAAACUACUCUAACUUGAGAUGCUGUGGAUUUGAUAAAAAUUAGAAAACACGAACAGAGAGAGAUGUUAUGAAAUCUUUGUGAUUGUAAACUGUAAUGUUAACCAAUUCUCUUCCCAAUGUUGUCAAUGGAAAAAUUGAACAGCAAAAUGUUCUGUGCAUUUUGUAGCUCUUGUACAUAUGUAUGAAGUCUGAAUUUUAAUUCCUGAGUGCCCAACAAAAGCUGCCUUAUGUAUUCUAGGCUCUAUAGUUCUAAUGAAAACACCAAAAAAAAUGUUAUUUUCGCUGGGAGGUUUUUAAUACACAGUUGUACAGAAUGAAGGAAAGCCAAUUGGACAGUGCACAGAAAUUUACAACAUUCAGCGUCUUUAUAGGAUACUUUUUAUUGUUAAUACAAAAUGUACAUGUAGUGUGUACAGGUAUUUUAACUUAUUUUACCCAUAGUUAUGUAAAUACUAUUAGCCAAAAUAGUCUUUGUUUCAUCAUAGAAUGUGGAGACAAACAUGACUCUGAAUGUGCCUCAGUGAAAAAAUAGUGCAGUAUCAUAUCAAUUUAUUUGACAUUUCAAUCAUCAAAGUGCAAUGCCUUUGCAGUAAGAUACAUGUUUACUUUGUUGGUUAAAAGACCAAUGCAUUUGUGUUGGGAUUGCAUAGUAAAACUUAUUACUGCAUAGUUUAAGGUUGUUGGAUAGUCUAUGUUGUAAUAAAUAUGUCA